CUCCACUUCGCUCUCACUAUCCAGGCGGGUAGCAAUGUAAGACCGUGGCUGGUGCUUUAUCCCGGACCCCCCUCCGCGUCCCGGUCUGGCCCGUCCGCUCAGGAUGGAUCAGAGGAGAGCUGAACCGGACCGCAACUCCAUCACCAACCCGGUUUCGCUUUACGGGGAAUUCACAGUCACCGGUAACCGAAAAGUCAGGUACGCCGUGAGCUUGACCGAGAGGGAGCUCAUCGUCCAGAGGCUCACCUCAACACCUGUCGGGCGGAACAAGGUGGUGCUCAACCUGAAGGACUGCGUCGGCUGCCGGUCUUACCGAGAAGAUGACAACGCGGACCCGGCAGCGUACCUCACAGUCUACUUGUACCCGCUCAGACGGCGCUGGGUGAGUUCCGGGCUGUCGCGGUACAGAGCUGAGCACUGCUUUCGUCUCGCCGAGCUUCAGGACCCGCGCGCUAACCUGGAGGAGGCAGAGAAGUGGGCUCGCGCCAUCCGAGAGCGCUCUGCCCGGCAACAGUAUCUAAGAGACGGGGUGUUGAUGAGCGAGUUGUCUCGUCCGUGCCGUAUGAUGCUGCUGGUGAACCCACAGAGCGGGAAAGGACAGGCGCUCACGCUGUACAACAACCACAUACAACGAAUGCUCAACGAGGCAGGAAUCCCACACACUCUGGUUAUUACCGAGCGGCAGAACCACGCCCGAGAGCUGGUGAGAGAGGCUGACCUGUCACAGUGGGACGCUUUAGUCAUCAUGUCUGGAGACGGACUUCUAUUUGAGGUGAUAAAUGGUCUGCUGGAGAGACCAGACUGGGAGGAGGCCAUCCGGACACCGCUGGGUAUCCUUCCUGGUGGAUCAGGCAACGCCUUGGCUGCAUCUAUACAUCACUACUCUGGAGCCUCGCCGGUGUCCAGUGAGGAGCUUCUGGUAAGCUGUGGUUUCCUGCUCUGUAAAGGACUCGUGUCCCGUAUGGACCUGGUCUCCAUCCACCUCUCCUCCAGCCCUCGUCUCUUCUCCUUCCUGUCGCUGGCCUGGGGCUUUGUAGCGGAUGUGGACAUAGAGAGCGAGAAGUACCGUCACGUCGGAGCUGCCCGGUUCACUGUCGGCACGCUGGUCAGGCUGGCUUCUCUCCGCGUCUACAAGGGCAAGCUGGCUUACCUGCCCGCCACCGAGGACUACAACAGCAAGGAGGGUUUGAGAAAUAACGUGACGCUGCACUGCAACAAUCAGGCCUCCUCCCUGGGUCCAGCCUCUGUGCUGUGUCGACCGUCCAGAGACUCUCCCUGCGAGAACACCUUCCACAACUCCUGCCACUCCAACAACUCCCUCAAAGUGAGGAGGACGGAGAGCACGCCUUCUCGAAGCGCCACCAAAUCCCUCCCCGGCCCACCAGAUUCUCUGCUGCUCCCUCUGGACCAGCCGCUGCCCAGCGACUGGGUGGUGGUGCAGGAGGAAGACUUUGUCCUCAUGCUGGCCAUGUACCAGUCCCACCUGGCGGAAGACCUGAUGGCAGCCCCGGGCGCCACGGCGGCCGACGGCGUCAUCCAUCUUUUCUACGUUAAAGCGGGAAUAUCACGUACCGCGCUGCUGAAGCUGUUCCUAGCAAUGGAGAAGGGUGCACAUCUGGCUACUAACUGUCAACAUCUGGUGUACACUAAGGUGCGGGCACUCAGGUUGGAGCCAUAUUCGCCCAAAGGGAUAAUAACAGUAGAUGGAGAAGUGGUGGAAUAUGGGCCGGUGCAAGCAGAGGUACACAGAGGCCUGGCCAGAUUAAUCUCUGGAUGAAGUGAACCACCAGCAGCUCUGCUGUUAAAGGCCCAAUAAACAUAGUUUAUUGCUGACAUUUUUAGCAUUGUCUGUCUUAAAUCUUAAAACUAAAUCAAUGGAUGUAAGACUCAUUCACUGUUACCUGUACAACGGUACAUAGGUACCUGUGUUUCAGGAGGAAAUGACUCAAUGUAGGUUGGGCUAUUACGACAGACAGGUGCGAUGUACAGAGACCCAAAGUGUUGAAUAUUGAAUAAAUGAGUAAGACAUUAUGAAAUUAAUAAUCAUAUCAAUAAAUGGAGACAAACUACAUAGUAAAACCAUUCAUUUGUGAAAUAACCUAAUGCAGAGCAUUACCUAAGGCAUGUGACAAAGGCUGUAAUGUCACAUAACUGACUCUGGCCUCAAACAGACUUUAUUAAAAAAAAAACUGAAACAAGCUAUUUUUUAUGCUUAACUUAAACUUAACUUAAAAUUAGAAUUAAAAUUGUAUUGUGGAAUAAAAACAUUUUGAAAGUUAAAAAAACUGCUGGAAUAAAAUAAAAAUGACGUGCAAUAAACUGUUAUUGUGAAAAAGAAAACAGGAUAAAAUCUCACAAUAAUGAGCUGAGCUUUAAAAAUGUGCAAUUUCAUGCCUCUAUUUAUUUAUAUUGAACACUUUGGGUCUCCGUAGCCAUGAUGCCGUGCUUACUGUAGGAUUAUUAUUUAUAGACAAAACACAAACGCAAAUAUACAGACACGUUUUAACCUGAAUUACAGCAUCUUAUGCAACAGCAAAGGGUUGGAUUUAUGCCUUCACGGCUCCGCUGUUUGGAGACUGUGUGUGUGUGUGUGAGUGGGAUUGUCAUUGUGGUGCUGUCAUUGCCCUGGUUUUAACAGAGGUCACCGGGCUUUGUGAGUGUUUAUGAAACAGAGAGAGCCUCGAACACUCAAUUAAGGCCAAAGACUUGAAUUCUUGAAGUCAACAGAUGUCACUGUCAGCAGUUUAUAUCAGGACUAUCUCUUCUGUGGAAACUGGUCACAGUGAGGUCUGUGGAUUAUAUUUAUUGCACCACAAACAAAAUACCAUUGACCGUGUCAUUGGUAUCGAGAUACCACUACAGGUCAAAGAGAAAAUACUGUUUUUUUAAUUUGGGUGAACUGACUCGUUAAUCCACCCAUUUGUUGCAUCUUGUAUUACCAACAGCUCUAUUUAAUUGUUGAAUGCUGAUUUACGCCAUUCAUGUGAAUAACUUAAUUACUGAGUUUAGCCAUCACUAACUGAAGUAGAUACAGGAAGAGGCAAGAAAGUUUAUUACGCCUAAAUUGUGAAAAACACUUUGUGGAAUGUGCUGAACAUUACAGACUGAUAAAAACAGCCAAAUAUGAUGAGCGACUCCUGCAGCUAUGCUCUCAGGACGGAUGACUGAUGUGUUUUAGUGCCUCUUUGGCUGCAUCCUCCAUCCUUCCAUCCCAUUCUUCUUCUUUCCUCUCCGCUUUCCUCCAUCCAUCUGCUGCUAUAAGCACUGCAGUCCCAGGCCUGUGUGCCUCUGGUCUCAGCUGCUUUUCAAAAAAACACACACACACAUACAAACAAAGGCUGUCCCUAUGGGAGGUUUAUUAAUGAUCAUCACCUAGGUGUCCUUACCAUUGAGCUUUAAGUCACAUAGAGGAAGAGAUGAGUCAGGAUUUCAGAUUAUUUAAUGGGAUUUUAAUUGUGAUCCGAAUCUUCAUUUCAUUAUUUUCCAAAAAGCUGAUCUGGAUACAAAGAGGCUGGUUAAAGCUGGUUAAAACAGCACACUGGUGAGUAUAGGGAGUACAAGGGGAGGGAGGGAGGAAGAGGGGGAGAUAUCGACUUGUUAAAUGCUUCAUGAGGUAGGCGGCGUUGUGUUCCUGACAGGGCGCCCUUAUUCUUCCUCCUCACCGCAAGAAAUCAUUUGGGAGCAUUAGUGAACUGUCCUGACACUGAGAGAAGGAGAGAUGGAUGUGUUUAUUUCACCUCAAGCCAAAUGCACACAGUAACGGUAGAAUUAGGAAAGAGGGGAAGACGGGGGCUGACGGUGACAUCCACUGUGCAACAAAAGUAACAUCUGACUGUGGUUGUCAUUUUAAACACGAACAACAAGAAAGGUUGGAUGUCGAUGCCUCGAUUUGUGGACUUUUCCACCGAGAGUUUUGUCAUUUUUAAUCACGUCUAUAUAAUAUAAUAAAGGCCGACAGUUAUUUCUUCUGUGUUUUUGCACAAGCUUGUUGCUAAUGCCGUUUUGAAGCCUUCACAGGACGUCAAGGUUGAUUUUCUGUCAUUUCAUUUCUCAUUCAGUUGGCUUGAAUUCUGUUUACUCAUGAAGGAUUGCAGCAGGAAUUCAGCUGACGAACUACAAACAUGUAAAAUGGCAACAGUACUUGAAGAUGCUUGCUGUUGUUUUAGGGGACAAAUGUGGUCUGUAGCCCCAAAACCUGAGGCCAGGGAGUGGUUAAACGUGGACACACUGUACUUCCAACAGUGUUUCCAAACCAUUUUGGCUUGUGAUUCCUUUAACAUGAAGCCAGUGUAUCUGCUUGUGACCCAAGUGUAACCAUAGAGAGCUGCUGAGAUUGUUUUAUUUGAAAUAUUUUUAGGGGCCUUAUCAUGUGAAAUUAUCCAGUAAGUAAAGAGACAAAACACAUGGACUUGAAAAAGAAAGUGCUACUGACCCAGGCCACUUUCAUACAUUUUUUUUUAUUUCUAUGCAAAGUGGGGUUUCUUGUGAGUGAUGCAGUGGUCCUUCUGUUUGAUGUGCCUUGAUUGUGCUGCCUCCUGGUGGUUUGAACACAGUGGUGCAUUCACUGAUUUCUCAUUUGCUACUGGCUGGUUUUUUCAUCAGAAUCAUUUUUUUUUAAAACUCUGAUACUCGAAGGAAAACAGACAAACUGAAUAUUAUGUCAGAAGAAAACUUUUGUCUUUGAUAAAAUACUAAUUUAUGGCGUCUCCCCAGAGUGUAAUUGUGGCACAAAGCUUUUCUGUGAACAUGCAUCCCAACAGUUUAACUUUUAAAUGUUGAUAUUGAUACCAUGACAUCUGUUCAUCGGUUACUGGGGAGAUCUUAAGCAUCUGUUCAUUAUGGAAAAGAAAUUGGAGCAACGACUUAUACCUGAAUCUAAUUUCAGUCUGCAGGUGUGUGAUUGGAAAUCCAAACAAGUUAAACCAGACUGAUAAAGUUGGCAGUGAUGAAGGACCUGAUGUACAUUCUUCUGUCGGCAGCUUGAAGACAGAUGAAAGAAACUCACUUCGUCUGACUGUUGAUUUGCUGUUUAUGUCUUUUUACCUGCUGCUUCUCAACUGUUGUGUGUAAAUGUUUAUGUGAAGGGAAUUUUUAUUUUAUUUUAUUUUUUCCUGGCACACUGAAGAUUGAAUGAUUCUUUAUCCACAGAGAGAUCUAUUUUUCCAUUAGACAAAUGUCUGUAAUUUUUCUAUUAUCAAAUCAAACAUUCUGCUGGAGUGUUUUUGAUUGAAAAAUAAAUAUGACAAACAACCA